AUGGGGUCCAAGCAAGCACCAAGCAUUCAGGUCAAGAACCUCACAUUCGCCUUCCCAGACGGCACCACGGGACUGCAGAACAUCAACCUUGAUCUGCCGGGUGGUUCUCGCACUCUGUUAAUUGGCGCAAAUGGCGCGGGCAAGACCACCCUUCUGCGCCUCCUCUCCGGCAAGCGCAUGUCCCCGAGCGGCACCGUGAGCAUCGCCGGCAUCGAUCCGUUCACCACCGGUUUGGAAGGUGUCACGUAUCUCGGACUGGAGUGGGUGCUGAAUCCCAUUGUGCGAUCCGACAUUGCCGUCCCGGAGCUCCUGAAGUCCGUUGGAGGCGACCACUAUCCUGAGCGAAGGGAUGAGCUUGUUCGUAUCCUCGAUGUGGACCUCUCCUGGCAUCUCCAUGCUGUCUCUGACGGCGAGCGACGCCGUGUCCAGCUCUGCAUGGGCUUGCUGCGACCUUGGACGGUUCUACUCCUCGACGAAAUUACUGUGGAUCUGGAUCUGCUCAGCAGACACAACUUUCUCGCCUUCCUGAAACAGGAGACGGAGAGUCGCGACUGCACGAUUGUCUACGCCACGCAUAUCCUCGACAACUUGGCCGCCUGGCCGAGUCACCUUGUCCAUAUGUCUCUGGGCAAGGUGAAGAAGUGGGGCGAGAUAGAUUCCUUCGAAGUUCCGGAGACGGAUGGCGGAGCGGAAGGGAAUAGUAGGCUCGGCCAGUUGGUGUUGAAAUGGCUGAAAGAGGACUUGAAAGAAAGAGGGCCGAGGAACGGGCAUGGCUUUGAAGGACGAGCCUACCAGCAUCUUACAGAGGUCAAGGGCGGCUAUGGCUUUGAGUCGAAGAAGUGA